AUUCAGACGGCCAACAAAAUAAUGAUCACACUGGCAAUAGUCUACGUGGUACUAGCUGGGAGUAUCAUGAGCCUUGGUCCUGGAUGUCCAUCUGUUCUCAGAAUGGGUUAAAAUCUAUUCAAGACAUGACGGGAGAUCAAAAUUUUGGUGGUAUCGCUGCUCGAUUUACCCUUGACCUUGCCAGGCGUUGGUCAAGUCAUGAUCUUACUUCGAUAGGCUCGAAAUGGGCGCAAAUAGAAGAAACUACUGCAUGGACAUACACUAACGCAUUCUUCGAAGAAGCCUGGGAAGCGAAGCUUGCCAUCGUUCGUCGCGAUGACUUUGAGGCUCUACUGAGAGACUAUUUUCGCGGUCCCGCACAGAAGGGGCACCUAGCGUGGUUCGCCCUGAGGAAUACCGUCUUUGCCUGUGGGUAUCGUAGUAUCUUAGCGAAAGAUCCUGGCGUCUCCUUCUCAGAAGCUCAAGUCAAAGCCGGACGCCUUUUCAAUUACGCUUUAUCUGUCCUAACACAAAUUCUGUUACCACCUUCGAGUUUGCUUGCAAUCCAAGCGUUGACCUUGAUGGCUUGUUACGCUGAAGGCUUAGGAAACCCUGCUUUGAAGCACUUUCUGUGCUCUAACGCCGUGCACGCAGCUCAGAACAAAGGUUUACAUCGUCAACCAGAGAAGUCUUGGGGCAUAUCGGAAGAUGAAGCUGCAAAGAGAAAUGGGCUCUGGUGGACGAUUUACACUCUGGAGAAGCAUCUAUCUAUGUGCAGUGGCAGACCAUCUGCUAUUGACGAUGACAACGUCAGCGCCUAUCCGCCAGCUGGUAUCUUGAGUCAAAGCGAUAUUGUGCCACAAAGCCUUUUCUUUGCAACUCAACAUGCCCAAAUAUGUUCCCAGAUAUCGCGAAAUCUUCUCUCCGCAAGAUCAUUGCAAUUAUCCACCCCCGAGCUCAUCAGCACAGUCAAUCACUUUCACCAAAAGCUUAUGAAGCUACUGGAUGAGAUUCCAGAUGACCUCAAGAUUGGGACUCUUGCACGGCCUAACCAUCCCACCCCUCAUCUCAUUCAUUUGUUGUAUCUACAUUUCUCCAUUUACGGGAGCCUGAUGGUAGUACACACCCAUUUUUUCUAUCCCUGGAUGUCCUCUCGAUUGAACGCGACCGGUUCCGAAGCUGCCAUGGAGAACCAGAUCCGAAUAUCAUCAAGUGUGGUAGCAGAGGCUGCCCGCAAGAUUAUCCUUGCUGUUCGUCUAGUGACCACCACGGUCGCAACGCCCUCAUGGCUUGCCUUCUACUAUCCUAUAUACGCUCACAUCAACUUGUUCAUUUACAUGCUCAAGUUUCCACAUUUGUCAACGACAGCUGCUGACCUCGGAUUGCUCGAUGUCUGCGCGGGCCACUUUGGCCACAUCGAUUACUUAACGUCCGCCCAUAUCUCAAUCUCCCUGCCCAGAGAAACUGCGACUUUAACUUCCAAAUUUAUCAAGGAUAUGAAGGCUAGGUCUCAACGGCCAGCAAUCCAAUCAUAUCACGAGUAUCCUCAGACGCAUCCUCAGGCCCGGGCAGAUACGAGUCCACAAACCCGGACAGUGGAAGAUUCCACUAUCAACUUUGAUGAAAUGAGCAACGAUUUACCAACAAUCAGUGAUAAUAAUGAUUUUCUGAAUCUUGACGCCGCUACGUGGAAUAUCUUCUCUUCAUUCGACAUGGUGACGACGAAUGAAACUGAUUUUAGGGCAUUCUAGCUCGGCGCAUUCAGUUCAUGUACUCAAUUCUCUUGCAAUGAGAGAAUCCUUGACCACAACAUGAACUCGGUGCAGUAUGGUUGUGAAAUCGAUCGGACAUUGCCAUUAUUAAGCUAUAGGCUAGCGAUCACUGUCGAGCUUGUUUGGAUGACUUCGAGACUGAGAUUCUCCUCUGAUUUCGGACUUUCUUCCCCGACUAUUGGAUUGUGAGCCUCAAGAACCGCCCCACCC